AUGGGAAAAAAGGUGACUGCAACAGGUCGUGGUGAAACAACACUAGAAAUACAAGUAUAUCCAGGUACGCAAUUUACUAUUUGGGAUUUGCCUGGUAAAAAUGAUGAAGUCGUUUACAUAAGUAUGGAAUACGUAUCAUUCUCCAAGGCAUUAACACGACGUCUCAUCCUCAUUCAAUCCACAGUAAAAGAGAACUCCUCUAUAAUGAAGCUUUUCGAUGAACUUGGAUUAGAUUAUGAUAUUGUAGUUAACAAAUUCGACGAAGUAGAUGAAGAUGAACAACAUGCAUUUCGUGAACAAGUUCAUUGCGGAAUACAAGAACUUGGAUUGAAGAACGUAAACAAAGUAUUUUUUGUAAGUGCUAAACAUCCACAAAUGUUUCCUGAUUGGAUGACUAUGGUCGAUUAUUUGACAAACUAA